CUUGCUGAUUGACUUGCCCAGUAAGGUGAUGUACCGACAAAAUUUAGUCAAUAUAAUCAACAUUUGUGAUAGGUUUUGGUUUCUGGUGUAAUAAAACUAUUAUUUAUCUGUUACGGUCCAUAAAAAUGGCUGAUGAAACAAAUGGAGCCUUGCUGAUAGAGGAGGAGCUUGUGGCCACCCACCGUAGAGAGAAGAAGGAACUACAAGCAUGUAUCCAACAACUGAAGAAGUCUGCCAACAAGGAUAAGAAGAAGAAGAAAGAGGCAUCAGAUGAAAUAGCACGAAUGGAGAAGGACUUGCAGGACAAACACACUCAAGAGUUAGCUGCACUUAAGACUUCCCAGCAGGAGGUAAAUGUAGUGAGCAAUGGUGUGGACUCAUUGACCCUUACUGAUGAGGAUCCUGGUGAACCAGAGGAAGUAGAUGGUGACAUUGAAUGUAGCCAGCCAGGAGGGAAGAAGUUGAGUAAAGCAGAGAAACGCCGUCAGAAGAAAGCAGAGGCCAUCCGGGAGCGGGAGGCAAGAAUUAAGGAGGAGGAGGCCAAUAAUAAGUACAGCGCUCGUAACAUAGAAGCGGAGAAACUAAAGUUGUUACUACGAGAAAGAAAACUAAAGAUGCACGAGAUUAAACCUGAUGGCAAUUGUAUGUACACUGCCAUAGCUCACCAGAUGGAAGGAAACACAACAGUUCCAUGGCUUCGACUACAAGCUGGUCAGUUUAUCCGCCAAAACAAUGAGGCCUUUGCACCUUUUAUCACCGACCCCAAGACUGGAGAACUACUGACACUGACACAGUUUGCUGAUUAUUGCUUCCAGAUUGAGAACACACCAGCAUGGGGUGGCCAACCAGAGCUUCGUGCCUUGUCCCAAGUGCUGCAGAGGAAGAUUGAAGUAUUACAGGCUGAAGGGUCACCCGUUAUAUUUGGUGAAGAGUACACAGAUAAGAAGACUAUCCUGCUAGCAUACUACCGUCACUACUACGGCCUUGGUGAACACUACAACUCUGUCACUGCCCUCACCCCCACAGCUGAGGAAGAAUCCAGAUAAUGUCAUGACUAUGCAAACUCUGACACUUCUGGCACCAACUGUAGAUAUCACUCCUGCCUCAUCUAUCAUGGUUACAAUCCAUGUCAAGGUUAGUGGUAGUCAGGUCUUGUACUGCUUGUUUGGGGAUGAGCUAACACUUGUCAGGCAGCCAGUCACCUAAUAAGUGUAUGAAUCAGAGCUGUCUGGUGCCUUGCUUGCUGAUAUUUUUUGUGGUGUUUGUGAUUGGAAAAAUAUGUCUGCAUUCCUGAUUAGUGCAGUGCCUGCGUUACCCCAGACAAUAUUAAUUUUUAGUGGAAGUGUACAGUACAGUACCCCUAUACACCCCUUCCCUCUCCCUCCUGCUCACUAGUGAAUGCUUCGAAAUCACACUUCAGAGUUCAGGCUUCACACAUCAUGGAGAGAGAGGAUUGGCAAUGCUAGGUGGUAAGUGCAGGAGUAAAGCCAACUUAUACAUCCUUUUUCCUCCAAACAGUACAGUAUACUUUAAGUUAGAUAUUAUUUUUGAGCACUUUUCCCACCACUGGGUUCAUGAUAUACUUUUCUGUUGUACAUCAGGAGUCGCAGUGCUCAUUUUGAAAUUUAUCGGACCCUUCCAUAAAGAUAUUUUUUGGAACGAGUGUUCAUUGUUACAAAUAAUAUAGUGCAGUAGAUUUACAGUACAGGUACUGUAUUUUCCACGAGAAUAUUGUAUUGAAAUUUGAUUUAUUUUGCCGCAGAAAUAUAUGUUAUGAUAAUUGUUGUGUUUUUUUAUUUUAUUUUAAUAAUUUAUGACAAGUUAUAUCUCAGUGAUUACAGGAAGUUAAUCAUGUGACCCACCUCUUGUGAACUGUCUCACAAUAUUUAUUUAUGUACACAGUAUCUCUAAAAAGUAUGUAUCUGUCUACACACUGUGUGAGACAUUAUGAGACAACAGAUGUUAGAUAUUGGGACAUGCAUUUACUUUGGUGUAUAUAGUUUAACCUAAGUAAUGCAAUGUGUACAGUAUUUAUUUUGGCAUACAGUAAUUAAUAUGGUGUUCGGUUACGAAAUGUAGUAAGAACAGUAUGCCACAGCCACGCAUACCAACCCUCCUGGGACAUCAUGAGAUGCAGGUAGCAUUUCGGAAGUCAUCGGACCCAUCCUGGCAGAUACUUUUGUGAGCUACUGUACAUAAAUGCAGCUGUGGACUAUUCUGGGUUACUGGAAAAGAGUGAGGGAAUUUCUCUCACUACAUUAUUCCACAAAAUUCACCAUGCUACAGUGAGUUUGGUUACAAGUCUUACAAAAUAUUGAGAUUUGAUUGUACAGUACUAUUAUAUAAUGUAUGACAUAGAUACUUUAUCUGCUACAGUGGCUACACUAUGAUGGCUUUGUCUGGUGUGAAUCCCAACAUAGUACAGUACAGGUCAUUAAUAAACUUAUUAAUCCUU